AUGGCUACGCUUCAAGAAAAGUCGCCGGCUGUGGCAGACAGUUCUGUCGAUGCCCGCGAUGAGACUCCAGGAUCAGAGUCGUCUCACGAAGGUCCUUGGAUUCGCUUCAUGACGGCUCUCCGCUGGUACUCACGCGAUACACCCAGCAAUGAGAAGGCCCUCGUGCUGCGUUUAGACCUGCUGAUUCUCAUCUUUGGUUGCUUGUGCUUCUUCACCAAGUAUCUCGACCAGUCCUCUCUAACCAAUGCCUACGUCAGCGGCAUGAAAGAAGACCUCAACCUCAACGGCAACGAGCUCAACUACAUGACCAUCGUCUUCUGGUCAUCGUACUGCACAUCCAUGAUCCCCGCCUGCUACUACCUGACCCGGUAUCCCAUUAACGUUGUCCUUCCCAUCCUGGAGAUCGGCUGGGGUCUAUCAACAUUUGGUCUCGCGUGGGCCCAGAAUGUCCAGACUAUCUAUGCUAUGCGCUUCUUCACGGGUCUCUUUGAAUCAUCGUCUUUCACGGGCAUCAUUUACGUCAUCGGCAGCUGGUACAAGCCCUCGGAGAUCGGCCGCCGCGUGGCCCUAUUCUACAUCGCUGCACCCCUCGGCACCAUGUUCGCCGGCUACCUCCAGGCCGCUGCCUACACGAACCUACACCACGUCCAUGGUCUCGCUGGCUGGCGUUGGCUGUUCAUCGUCGACGCCAUCAUCACCAUCCCCAUCGCCUUCAUCGGCUUCUUCGUCUUCCCGGACGUGCCCUCGCGUUCGAGGCCCAGGCUGCUGCCCGCUCACCUGCAUGCCUUUGCGCAGAAGCGUCUAGAGGGUUGGACAGCUCCGCCGCAGCUCAAGGUCUCACGGGACAUCUUCAAGAGGGUCUUCACUCGCUGGCACUGGUAUCUUUUCGUCGCGCAAUGGACUAUCAUGAACGAGAACCUUCAACCCAGCGGAUCCCCUUUUUCGUUGUACCUGAAAGCUUUUCCCGAGACGUACUCGGUUACGCGAAUCAACACGCUGCCAACAGUUGCGACAGCCAUCUCCAUUGUCUCUGCGUUUGCCGCUGGCGCGCUCGCUGACCGCACCGGCUGGUUUGCUGGCUUGUCCGUGGGCGCAACGGUCCCCUCGUUGAUCGGCGUCAUCAUGCUGGUCGCCUGGAACGUCGGUGAAGGGGGCCGUUUGGCAGCUUUCAUGCUGAACGGCUUCGAGGGUGCGAUCCCGUCGCUGACUAUGGCCUGGGCGACAGUUACGAUGGCGGGCGACGCCGAGGAGCGUGCCAUUGUCACGGCAUCUAUGAACGCCAUCGGACAGGCAAUCGUUGCCUGGGCUCAGCUACUGCAGUUCCCAGCCGUUGAGGCGCCAUACUUCCGGCGCGGCUUCCGGAGUGUAGUGGCCACGAUGGUGGUGCAGUUCUUCAUCACGGGGGCUAUUUGGUUUUUGGUGAGAAGGGAUCGAAAGGCAAAGCAGCAAUGGGAGGAUGCUGCAGACGAGCAGGUGCCGGGUGAUGAGAAGCAAGCGGAGGUGUAA